GAAGAAGAAGCAGCAGCUUUAUCAGACGGAGCUGAAGAGUCAAGAAGUCUCCUGCUUUCUUACUCUGUUUUAACGAUGCAGACGCCGGCCCAGUCGGUCCUCCACAGUGGGUAUUUCCACCCGACGCUGCGCUACUGGCAGAGCUGCGCCGCUGACCUCAGACCAGACAACCUCAUCUACCCCAUCUUCAUCACAGACAGUCCGGACGCGGUGGAGCCGAUCGGGAGCCUGCCGGGUCAGGCCAGGUAUGGGGUGAAUAAGGUGGAGGAAUUGCUGCGGCCGCUUGUUGAAAACGGUUUGAAGUGCGUCCUCAUUUUUGGCGUCCCGGCAAAAAUAGCAAAGGACGAACGCGGUUCUGGCGCCGACUCAGACGACACGCCCGCCGUUCUGGCCAUCAAAAAGAUCCGCAGUUUGUUCCCGGAGCUGCUGGUGGCGUGCGACGUCUGUCUGUGUCCCUACACCUCCCACGGACACUGCGGCAUCCUGAACCAGGACGGCUCCCUGAACAACGACGCCAGCUGCCUGCGACUCGCCGAAGUUGCUCUUUCUUAUGCUCAGGCUGGCUGCCACAUCAUCGCUCCGUCUGACAUGAUGGACGGACGGAUCAGAGCCAUCAAACAUUCUCUGCUGUCCAACGGUUUGGGGAACAAGGUCUCAUUGCUGAGCUACAGCGCAAAGUUUGCUUCCUGUUACUACGGUCCGUUCAGGGACGCGGCCCAGUCAAAGCCCGCGUUUGGAGACCGGCGCUGCUACCAGCUUCCAGCCGGAGCGAGAGGCCUGGCGCUGCGAGCCGUGGAGCGAGACGUGAGGGAAGGAGCCGACAUGCUGAUGGUGAAACCGGGCCUGCCGUACCUGGACAUCAUGAGGGAGGUGAAGGACAAGUUCCCCUCCCAUCCUCUGGCGGUGUAUAACGUGUCGGGGGAGUUUGCCAUGCUGUGGCACGGAGCGAAGGCCGGAGCGUUUGACCUGCGGGCCGCUGUGAUGGAGGCCAUGACCGCCUUCCGCAGGGCAGGCGCUGACAUCAUCAUCACCUACUACACACCUGAGCUGCUCACCUGGCUGAAGCAGUAAGGGAGUCGCUGUGACUGAGGGAAACGUGGUAAAACUGGACCAACUCAUUCCUGGACCGUCUGAUCUCCAGGCUGGGCUGCAGCUCUGCUUCGUGGCCCGAAUCCUGGAAACUAGUUUCUGUUUUUAGCUGCUGAUGCUGUGAUGCAUUGAGAAUGUAGAAACAUAUUUUAGUUUUUUAGCCUGGCGUGUCGCCGCUGCAUUAAACUAGAUCAUGAAUCAGAUAAUUAUGACAUGUUUAUGUAAGAGAAAAUAAAAGUGUUCAUUCUGA